AAGCUGGAGGAUUUUCUUUGUAAUUCCGUGAUCCCCACUUGAGAUAUAAUAGAUUGGAUAGCGUUUUCCAAUUUUAACUCUCUCUGCUUUCUCUUUCUCUUUGCUUCUUCUUCUUCUUGUGCUCUCUUGGAUUCGUUCCUCUUCUCUUCUUCUGUAUAGAAUGGAGCUUGCUUUAAGCCUUGGUGAUACAUCUAAGCCCUUCGAGUUUCUUCACCACACCCCUAAGGUUUCUGCUAAAGAUCUAGGGUUUUGCAUGGGAUUACCAACUGGAUUUACUGCAUCUCCGAGAUCUCAUGAUAAAGUUGUUGACACUAACCUUCAUGGUGAAGCUGCUGCCACCGGAGUUUCAUCGGAUCCUCCUGUUCAGCUUGAUCUUUUACCUUUCUCUCCUGUUCCUCGGAGACUGCCUCCUUCUCAGACUCCCUUUCCAUGGCUCUCCGAUAACUUGGUGUCUGAACCGGGUUCCACUGAUGGAUCAGGCAGAGGGUUUGAUGUAAACCGAUUAUCAGCGGAGGAGGCAGAAGAAGGCGCAGCGAUGUCAUCGCCAAACAGUGCUGUGUCGUCAUUUCAGAUGGAUUUUGGGAUUAGAAGCAGACGCUAUAAAAGAGAUAUGGAAGCCAUUGAUGCCGAGAGAGCGAGUUCAAGAGCAAGUGAUGAUGAAGAGAACGGAUUGACUCGAAAGAAACUCAGACUCUCUAAGGAGCAAUCAGCUUUCCUGGAAGAAAGCUUCAAAGAACACAACACCCUCAAUCCUAAACAAAAGCUUGCUUUAGCAAAACAAUUGAAUCUUCGUCCUCGCCAAGUGGAAGUGUGGUUUCAGAACAGAAGAGCAAGGACAAAAUUGAAGCAGACGGAGGUGGAUUGUGAGUAUUUAAAGAGAUGCUGCGAGACACUGACAGAAGAGAACAGGAGGUUGCAAAAGGAAUUGCAAGAAUUAAGAGCUUUGAAAACUUCUCAACCUUUCUACAUGCAACUUCCUGCCACCACUCUCACCAUGUGUCCUUCUUGUGAGCGCGUGGCUACCACUAAUACCUCCCCCUCCGCCGCUGCCACCACCGCCGCUCCCAACAAACACAACCCAGUUGCCACCACAGCCGCUGCAACCAUCCCUUCUUCUGCUGCCACUACCAACACAAAUUCUUCAUCACUGUCCCUUGCUAAGCCUAGGUUAUCUCCUUUCACUGCUAAGAUCCACAUGCCUCAAACUCAAGAUCACCAAGCUGCUUCCUGACCCAAAAAAAAAAAAAAAAAAAAAAAAAAAAUCCAUUUGUACAUAUUUGGGCUUGAAGGAAUUUGUUAUCUCUAGUUGAAAUGGGAAAGGGAGGAUUUGAAUAGCUGUGUUCUGUUGAUUGAUGAUGAACGCAAUAUAGAAGAGAUUUUGUUAGAAAAUCUCAAUUUUGUGGAACUAUCUAAUGUAAUUAAUUUUAUUUUUAUAUAUCUCCGGAGAUUUUAAGCAA